UGGACGCUGGCGGGGCCGCAAGUUGAUGCGCGCCGGCGUCGUCGUGGGCGCGCGCGGGGAGAACGACGCGCACAUGCUGAGCGUGGAGGCCAAGGCGCCGCAGGAGGUGGCCGACUGGUCCAGGGUCUUCCACGUCGUACGCCUCAAGUGGUCGCCAGACGGCUACGAGUUUUGGGUCGACGGCGAGCCUGUGGGGCGCGGUAAGAUCCCUGUGCCGCAAGGUGGCUUUGCCAGUCUCACCGAGGACCCCGGUCAGCACGCGUGGGCCAGCGGAGGCCAGGACGCUCCGUUCGACCAGGAGUUCUACCUUUCUCUCGGCCUGGGUAUCGGCGGCCUCAACAGGUUUCCGGAUAACGUGACCAACGGCCAAAACGCCGAACUCCCCAAACCGUGGAAAAACACAAGCCCCAAGGCUAUGCUCAACUUUUGGAAGGCCAAGGACCAAUGGUACCCCACAUGGCAAUCACCACACUUGCAAGUCAGCUAUGCCAAAGUGUGGGCAUUGUAAUAUGUAUUAAGAUUUCGACUGAGUUUAUUUAUGUAUAUGUAUUAAUACCACAUAUAAGAAUACACAUUCUCACUCCACUUUGA